UAUCUAUCUCUCUUCUCUCGAUCGUUUUGGCGUAUGCAUAAUUUCGAAUUCUUCAAAAACGACUUGGCUUUUUGUUCUAUUUUAAUUUUCUUGAACUUAUCACCGAGAGUUUUAUAAGUAUGACUAUGACGGAAAGCGACGAUGUGGGGAAACUUUUUGUUGGUGGUUUAAGUUGGGAAACAACUAAAGAAACUCUGCAAAACUAUUUCAGCCAGUUUGGAGAAGUUAUUGAUAGUGUUGUUAUGAAAAAUAAUGAAACUGGAAGAUCCCGUGGUUUUGGUUUUGUCACUUUUAAAGACCCUAAUUGUGUGAAUGCUGUUUUGCAGUCUAAACCUCAUGAAAUAAAUGGAAGGACGGUUGAUGCUAAAGAAUGCACUCCACGAAGCAUGCAAAGGAACAAAAAAGCGGCAUCUCAAGGGAAGGUGUUUUUAGGUGGGCUUCCUCCUGAUAUUACAGAAACUGAUAUUCGUAAUACUUUGUCAAAGUUUGGAAAGGUUAAUCAAGUAACAAUAAUGUGUGACCAAGAGACGAAAAAAUGCAGAGGCUUUGGAUUUUUAUCUUUUGAACUUGAAGACAGCAUUGAACAAGCAUGUGCUCAACGUUUUGUGAACAUCAACGGCAAGCAGGUUGAAUGCAAGAGAGCAGAACCAAGAGACAAUAAUUUGAGAAGAAAUCCAGGGCAACCAUAUGGUCCUGGAAAUCAAAAUGGCAUGAUGAGACCAGGUGGUUAUGGACCAGCACCAGGAUAUCAAACUGGAUGGAAUCAGCCUGCACAAUCUUAUAACAUGCAAGGCCAAGGAUAUGGUAAUUACCAAAAUUAUAACGCUAUGGGUACAAACUCGUAUUCAGCAGGCACAGCACCAUACAAUGCAAUGCCUCCUGCAACUCAGUAUGCUGCUCAACCUUCAUAUCCUGGUUAUGGUGCUGUUGGUUAUGGUUACACCCAACCUCCUGCAGCUGGAAAUUAUUCGCAACCAGCUGCUACUGGCUACAAUCAGGCCCCAACUGCUGGCUAUCCUCCAGCAGCUGCAGCAGCUCCUGAUGCUCUUAAUGCUUAUCCACAAAAUCCACCUGCAUUUGGACCAACUAAGGCUUACGGAAGUUCAUUUCAAAAGGAUCAAACAACUGAAAAUGGACCAAACUACCAAGCUGCUGCUGUGAAUAGAAGCCAGGGAUAUCAUCCAUACAGACGCUGACUUUUUACGUGAAUGUUGUAUUUUCAUAUUGUUUCAUUAAACUCUUGCUUUUUAAAUUA